AUUGAAUUUUUUGUUUUUCGAACUAUUAGUAUUACUUUGUUGACAUUUUCAGGUCUGACCGACGAGGCCAAGUUAGUUUCUUACCAUUGGGAGUUUGGCUGUUCGUCCUACUGCUCUGUUCUGUUGUUCGUGAUGUGAUGGCGUCUGCGGAGGCUGGAACUCGUAGCGCAUCUUCCAGCUCAGAUGGAAAACGUCGAAGAGCAAAACCUAUUCUUUUGAAUAGAUUGGAAGGAUGUUCUGGCACGGUGAAUGCCGCCAUGGCCAUUCCUCACGAAGACGCUGUGAUCAGUGUAUCGGAGGAUGCGACCAUUCGUGUUUGGCUGAAACGGGACAGCGGUGACUACUGGCCCAGCAUUUGCCACGCAUGUCCAUGUCCAGCAUCGAGUAUGGACUAUGACGGAACAUCGAAGAGGUUGUUUGCAGGCCUCGAGACAGGGACAGUCGUGGAGUUUCUGUUGGCGGAUGAUCUCAACCGUAUGACAUUGAAGCGCAGCUACUCAGCUCACAUGGCUCGUGUGACGGAUGUGUCGGUCUCCUUGGACAUGAACUAUCUGCUGACUGCUGGCCGCGACAAGUACUUCCAGUGGCACUGCACGGACACUGGACGGCGGCUCGGUGGCUUCAAAUCCGAUGCUUGGUGCACCGCUGUACAAUUUGACCCAGUCACCAGGUAUGUGUUCGUAGCAGACUAUGCUGGACAAAUCAACGUUUUGAAGCUGGAAGAGCAAAACCUCUCACAUGUAACUACCCUCAAAGGGCACUCAGGCAGUAUUCGCAGUCUUGCCUGGGAUCCCGACAAUCGGUUACUGUUCUCAGGAAGCUUCGAUGAGUCCAUUAUUGUCUGGGAUAUUGGCAGCCAGAAGGGAACAGCUUUGGAGCUACAUGGGCACGUUGAGAAGGUGCGUGGCCUUGACUUUGUGCCCCAUGCAAAGAAGCUCUUCUCCAGUGGAGAUGAUGCUAUGCUGAUUGUCUGGGACAUGACUGCCGACAGAAAGGAAACACCGGAGUGGACAGAAAGUGACACGUGUCAACGUUGUGGAUCUGCCUUCUUCUGGAAUUUCAGGGAGAUGUGGGCAACCAAGCAGCUUGCAGUAAACCGACAGCAUCAUUGCCGACGCUGCGGUAAGGCCAUGUGUGAUCCCUGUACCAUGAAGACGUCGCCCAUUCCUCCGCUUGGCUUUGAGAUGCCAGUCCGUGUGUGCAAUGAUUGCUUCAAGGAUAUGGAUGAUUCCGAGAAAGUGUCCAAGGCGCAGUUCUUUGAGAUGAAGCAUCGUGUUUCAUAUCUGCAAGUUGACCUUAGCAAGAGAAGAUUGAUUACCAGUGGAUUCGACAAUACCAUCAAGAUAUGGGAUAUAAAGUCACUCCUAGAUCCAGUCCCCUCCAACUAAUCCUUGUCUGUCCAUACGCAUUUGCCAGGCAGUGUUCAUAUAACUUCACAGAUAUUUCAUUACCAAAACGCGCUUGCAUAUUGAUAUUGAGGCCACACUCCUGCUAUGAUCUCUAAAAAGUUGUCUGUAAUGAGUUUUGCCAUUGACCCUUCCCUGCAUCAUGUUCUCCUUACUGAUUUUACAAAACGUUUCUGUUUCUGCAUGGUGGCAUUGAAGCUGGCCCAUGAAAUUAUUCUCAUAUUCCUCUGUCAUGUUGCUGAUCGGGGUGUCAGCAAUAUCUGCUCUGUAGUCUCUCUCGGAAUACUAGCUCAUGCAUAAAACGACUUCUCCAUUGGCAGAAGGACGAGUUGCCUUCAUAUUUUUUCAAUUUAUCAUUUUGAAUUUGCCCGAAAUUGUAGCCUGCUUGGGUUAUGUGACAUUGUUGUUCUUGUCUAGUUUGUAUUGGCUUUUUGCCAUUUUUUAUCACGUUCUUCUUACUCUUACAUUUACUGUCAUUGGUAUUUAACCGACAGCGUGUUGUCUUUUCUAUCGUUUUGUCACUACGCACACAGCAACCAUUGAAAUCGGAUUGAUUUGGCUGUACAUGACUUUGUUCUUACUCUCUUCUUUUUUUUUGAACUGGAUAUACUUGUACAAAAUUGUUACCCUUGUUGGUCCACUGAA